AUGUCCCGCUCCUUACAGGUGGAGGGCCGAUGGCGCUGGUUAGACGGAUCAUCUCUGAGCUACCAGAACUGGGCUCCGGGACAACCGAGUAACUAUAACGGCGCUGACUGUGGCAUCCUGUGGGGGUCCUACCACUAUGAUAAGUGGGAUGACUCGGUUUGCUCGUACAGAUUCUACUCUAUCUGUCAAAAAGAGAUCAACGAAUGUUCCAGUAACAACGGAGGCUGCGAACAUAGCUGUGAAAACACUGUCGGGAGCUACCGCUGUACCUGUAGGACUGGGUACCAGCUGUAUGGUUCAAGAUACUGUAGAGAUGUAAACGAGUGCUCGAGUAACAACGGAGGAUGUGACCACAACUGUGAGAACACUGACGGGAGCUACGACUGUACCUGUCGGGAUGGGUACCAGGAAUCUGGAUCAAGAUGCUACGAUAUAAACGAAUGUUCCAGUAAUAACGGAGGAUGUGACCACAACUGUGUGAACACUGGUGGGAGCUACGACUGUACCUGUCGGGCCGGAUAUCAAUUGUCUGGAUCAAAAGAUUGCAUUAAUAUCGACGAAUGUGUCAGCUCGCCUUGUCAAAAUGGCGGAACCUGUCACGACCUCAUCAACGAGUACCGCUGUGACUGUCAACCUGGAUGGAGCGGUGGCAACUGUCAGGAAGAUGCCGAUGAGUGCUUGACUAACGGAGGACGAGGACCAUGUGACCAGAUCUGUACCAAUGAGUAUGGGAGUUAUCGCUGCUCGUGCCAGGCAGGAUAUCAGCUAUAUUCGGACAGCGUCUCUUGUGUUGAUGUAAACGAGUGUGACGAAGCCCAGCAUGACUGUGAGCAGACAUGUCUGAACAUUGUUGGCAGCUUCACUUGUGGAUGUGAGGACGGGUUCCUUCUCAGUGCAGAUGGAAAAACCUGCUCAGAUAUCGACGAAUGUUCCAGCUCGCCUUGUCAAAAUGGCGGAACGUGCCACAACCUCAUCAACGAGUACCGCUGUGACUGUCAACCUGGAUGGAGCGGUGGCAACUGUCAGGAAGAUGUGAACGAGUGCGACAUAAAUCUUCACGACUGUCAACAAGUAUGUCUGAACACCUUUGACGGGUUCUCGUGUGGAUGCGAUGACGGGUUCUCUCUAAACACUGAUGGGAAGUCUUGUUCAAAAACGGACAACUGCGUCCCAGGAGCCUGUGAAAGCGGCGGAACAUGUAUCGACGGCAAUAGCACCUUCUCUUGUGUGUGCCUACCUGGAUUUCUGGGAGAGAGAUGUCAGACUGCUCCAUGCAGCGAAGACUACCCACCACCCGUUAACGGUGGCAAAGCCUGCUCAGUGACGGAUGACACAACAGUGGCCAUGUACUAUACAGUCUACUGUAGGGACAACAAGGAGUUCGCAAUAGAACCUGCCCAGGCGUACACCUGCAGGGCCGAUGGGAGCUGGUUUGCUGGCUCUAAUCUCGUGGUGGGCCAGAGUAGUCCUUGGCCAGACUGUUCAGGAAGGUACCGUCCGGGACGCCCUCAUAUGGCAGCAGAAGUCCACUACUUCUCCGGCACGGACUGUUCAAGCAGCAUAAACGAGAUCAUCUCCAACUUUCAACAGCUGUUCAGCCAGAUGGACUCCUCUCAACCAGGUGGUAAUAUGACAAUCGAGCUACAAAACGUUGAUGUGGAGUGUGGAGCAGCAUCCAGACAAGUCACUUCAACAAGAGGGCGCAACUUCAUCUCAAAAUCCGAGAGAUCCGCAAAUGAAUUCACAGUAAAGUUUAUGGUAGUUGCCAUCAGCUCGCUGGCACCAGCGGAUGUCACUGAGACUGUGCAAGCUAACCUCGUUUAUGCUCUAGACGAUAUCUAUUUUGAUAUCGAAGACAAGGUUGCAAGCCAACAAUUCAACUUAAACAUUAACGGACAACAAGCCACAGUCGACACAUUUGACAUAGGGUUUGCGGAGUUCGACCUCAACUGUACCGAGGGACAGCUGAGUUUUCAGGACAGCUUUGAGGCGUAUUGCCUUGACUGUCCGCCUGGCACGUUCCAUGACCUGACCACAGACACGUGUGAGUACUGCCCUGUUGGUGAGUACCAGAACCAGCCGGUACAGACCGCCUGCAAACCCUGUCCUGUCAACACCUGGUCCGUGUUUCCUGGAGCAAAGGAGGAGGCACAAUGCAUGUCAGUUUGCCUGGGCAAAGACGAUCUGUGUUCCAGUUGUGUUCACGCAAAAGGGCAACUGACCUGCAAGUGUGAAGUUGGCUGGGCGGGGUCAAGAGACGGACUUACCUGUGGACUUGACGGUGACCAAGACGGCUAUCCAGAUGUAUCUCUACCCUGCAAUGGUACAAGGUGUAAAAAGGACAAUUGUCCGGGUAUCCCUAACAGUGGUCAGGACGACACAGACGAGGAUGAGAUGGGAGACGCUUGCGAUUACGACAUGGACAACGAUGGAUUACCCAAUGUCCUGGACAACUGCCCGCUAACAGUGAACGUGGACGAGACGGACAGUGACGGAGAUGGAGUAGGUGACGUGUGUGACAACUGUCCCAUGAACAUCAACACUGACCAACGGGACGCUGAUAGGGACGGUGUGGGGGAUGUGUGCGACAGUGAUGCCGAUGAAGAUGGGGUCAUCGACAAUCAAGACAACUGCCCAUUUAUGGCCAAUGCCCAACAGAAGGAUUCAGACGGAGACGGGAUCGGAGAUGCCUGUGACAACUGCCCAACUGUCGCAAACGUGGAUCAGUUUGACUUGGAUCAGAAUUCCAUCGGGGAUGCUUGUGUAGACAAUGAUGACAGGGAUGCAGACGGGGUACCGAACAGCUUGGACAACUGUCCGGACAUCCCCAACAGUCAGCAGCUGGAUACCGACAAGGACGGAGCAGGGGACGUUUGUGAUGAUGAUGACGAUGAUGACGCAAUAUUGGAUGACGUCGACAACUGUCGCCUCGUCCCCAACCCGGACAAUGCAGACUUUGAUGGAGAUGGAGUAGGCGACGUCUGUACCGAUGACUAUGACAUGGACGGCGUCCUAGACGCCGAUGACGUCUGUCCUGAGAGUGAGGUCAUCGCCCGCACGGACUUCAGGAACCAUCAAACCGUAAACCUGGCCGGCAGCACCAGCAACCUGCCGGUGUGGGAGAUCUUCAAUGAGGGAGCAGAAAUUGUUCAGACAAUGAACAGUGACCCAGGUCUAGUGCUCGGUCCGAAUUACUUCGGCAACUUGGACUACAGUGGAACUUUCUUCGUCAACACCCAGGCUGAUGACGACUUUGUGGGGUUCGUCUUCAGCUAUCAGAGCAACUCCCGCUUCUACCUGGUGUCCUGGAAACAGGCAGGGGACAGCGAGGGAGGACAGGCUGGGGUACAGCUGAAGUUGGUAGACUCGACGACCGGACCUGGUCAUGACAUGUCGCUGGCUCUAUGGAAGGGAGUGGAGGUCCCGGGACAGACCAAGCUGCUGUGGGAGGAUCCUAACAAAGUGGGGUGGAGCUACAACACCGCCUACCGCUGGGAGCUGAAGCACCGGGCGGACAUCGGACUCAGCAGGUUCCACCUGUACGAAGGCAGCCGCCUUGUGGUGGACUCAGGUGACGUUCAGGACGCCUCCCUCCGCGGAGGCCGCCUCGGGGUGUACUGUUACUCCCAGGAGAACGUCAUCUGGUCCGAUCUCGUCACCAAGUGCGAUGGUGACACUUCAUCCGUGUAACAUGGGACAAACAACCCAAAUGGACGAAGGAAAACAAAGAUGGAAGCUGUCACUUCUAUCGGCUAUUUUCAUCUUUCGUGAUAUAAACUCUAGUAAUUGAUUUAGUCAAGUAAUACAUUACUUUGCGUACAGUACGUAACAAGGUGUGUUCAUUUACUCAAGAUUAAGAAUGCGCAGUAUAUAUACCCAAGAAAGUGAACAAUAAAGAGCAUAUUCAAAACACCUUA